AUGAUGGCACGUGGUCCGUGCGCGACAUCGCCUUCCCAGGCACCGGUUAGCUUCACCUCUCCCAAUGCAAACAUGGUGUCUUUUUGGCCCUGGAAGGGCGACGACAACUCAGCGGCUUCUUUCGAGAAGACCCUGUCCACAUUGUCGACAAAGAUCACCCAAACCACGACGCGACUGGAUCAGCAACGUCAGUCGUCGCGGAGGGUCAAAGCUCUCUGGACUCUCUAUUCAACCUUCGCUUAUCUGUUCUAUACCAUCACAAUUACCUUGGUCUUCGGAUGGGACAACUGGGGGGUGAAGGAAUAUGCAGCUAUUGCGGGCGGGCCGGUCGUGAUCUAUGGUAUUCGCAAGCUCAGCUCCAAGUUCUUUGACUACCAAAUCUCCCGCAACCAAGCUCGCCUAGAUGAGUUCCACAAGCAGAGGGAAGAAACCAUUGAAAAACUCAAGGUCGCCACCAAGUACAACACCACGCAGGAGCUGCUAGAGAAGUACGGCGCCGAGUCUCCUAAGGCUUCACCUGCUCCAAAGGGGGAAACGGGCAAGGAACAGCAUGUCCAGCCACCGCAACCUGCUCCCCGCACAGGUCUUCCCCCACCACCGACCGCAAACAUCUACCGUCCUAUCCCACCGCAAACCCCGAACAAUCCGUCGCCCCAACCCCCCUCCCCUCCCGUUGAACUCGCUCAAGGCCCUCCACAAGUCCAAAAAUCUCCAUCUCCUUUUCCCCCGAGCUCUGCAGAGCAAGCUGGCUUUGCGCCAAACGCUUACUCCAAUAGCGGAGAAUACAUCGAACAACCGCACUGGUACGAUCGUCUUCUUGACGUACUGCUCGGCGAAGAUGAGACCCAGCCUCGCAACCGGAUGGUGAUGAUCUGCAGUGGGUGUCGAUUGGUCAAUGGUCAAGCGCCUCCCGGGAUCAAAACCUUGGAAGAGCUGGGUCGCUGGCGGUGCGGCAGCUGCGGAAUUUGGAAUGGGGUUGAAAGUGAGACCACACAGAUCCUGAGUAGCCUGCGUCAAGAUGCUGUGCCCGUGGGAGACUCGUCAGAAGCUUUGUCAAAGGCCGACGCAGAUCCCCAGUCCUCUGAGGGCAGUGAUGAGGCUGGCAUGGUGGCAUCAAGUGAGGAAGAACAAUCGGAGGAUCCCAAGCCUGAGCCUGUUCGUCGGUCAAAGCGUAGUGGAAAGGGCAAGGCAAAGGAGUAG